AUGCCCCCACUCAUUGACCUACACACCCGGACACUCAUUGAUACACAACCCUCUGCCUCUGCGGCGACUUCAAAUAUGCGUGGAAGGACGGUGCUUAUUCUAUGUAUUGUGUUUGGCACACUCUUGGGCUGCGUAAUGAUUUCCGCAUCGAUAUUCCUAGUUCGCCGAUACAAACGCAGGAAACGGGAUACUGCUAGGAUCAAUCUGCACCGUGAAGCAAGCUUCAUUGCCGGUACACCCUCUGUUAUGGAUAUUCUUUCGCCUCCUCAGCCCAGCCGCCGACCCAGUGCUCGGGCCACUCGCAUAGUUCUUCCUUCGCCGGAACUGGGCAGCGUGUUCCGUCUCGAUAUGGUUCCCGCUAUGGCUCGUCGAGCGUCGAGUAUGGGCAACCCCACGGGGAGACGCACUCCAGUGUCUCGGCCACGGUCCGGCUCGGCCCCGAUGCCUCAGUCACCAUCUCCUCACUAUGAAUCGUUAUUCUCUAGAACCUCGACCGUCGUCGCAACACCGGGUCCGGACAAGGACAGUACUCCGCUCCGGGUACUCAACCCAUCACCUCAUAUCUCCACGAGCACAGUCGGAACGCAGCUGCAGAAACCUACUCCUAUCUAUCGAGCGGGAUUCAAUUCUAGCCGGGAGCGCCUUGUGUCUUCGACGGCUUCUGCUGACAGCCUGUUUUCAGGAUCGACAACCACCCCUCCCCUUAGUCCAUCUGGCACAUGGUCGCACGCGGGAACAUACAAGGUCUCUCAACCGGUCUCUCAGUCAGCAAAGUGCUUUGAUAGUGCCGUCCUCCCGCACAUUGCCGUGGAAUGUUACGAAAUGGCUCCUGACCUCGUGGAUCCUGAACACACACCUCGUGCAAAGCACCCACUAUCGUCGCCUUCCACGGAGACAUGGGAGCCCCCACCAGGAGUAACUGGAAGCCCCGUGACUCUAUCUCGUUUUCCAUUCAGGUUUUCAGCUGCUGCUCCCAGUUCUCCAGGCCUACCGGGUGUUACGUAUAACUCUCAUUCCCUGAGCUCAAAUCUUAGGGCCUUGAGUCCACGCAUGAGCGAACCUCACUUGACCGUUCCAGCCCAGCAAGUUUACGGUCUAGGCCUCAAUCAGUCGAGGAGUAGACAGUCACUUUUGGGACAUUCCACACCUUCGCUAAAGCUCAAGGUUCAACACAGCGUUUCAGACGAAAUUGUUGCACUUGCGUUUGCGCCACAAACGAUCAAUUUCCAGGCCGUGUCUGAUGCUGUGCACGGACGGCUCGGCUUCCAGCCUCGACGAAUAUGGAGUGAUGAAGGUUCGGAGAUUACAAGCGACUCGACCCUACUUACUUGGCUAGAUGAGCAGUAUACCAAAGGACAUACCCGCUUGCUACUACACGUGGAGUAG